UUGUUAGCCCACUGAUCACUGAACUGAGCAAGCUAUUCUCGUCCAUGGCGGCCGUAGGCGGCGGAGGCGGAGUGGAGUGGCACCAGAGGCCGCCAAACCCUAAAAAUCCGAUCGUAUUCUUCGACAUCACUAUCGGAAACAUUCCCGCCGGUCGCAUUAAGAUGGAGCUCUUUGCAGAUAUUGCCCCCAAAACUGCGGAAAAUUUCAGGCAGUUCUGCACCGGCGAGUACAGGAAAGCUGGAUUACCUGUUGGUUACAAAGGGUGCCAGUUUCACAGAGUGAUCAAAGAUUUUAUGAUUCAAGCUGGUGACUUUUUAAAGGGUGAUGGUAGUGGCUGCGUGUCCAUAUAUGGAAGUAAGUUCGAUGAUGAAAAUUUUAUUGCAAGACACACCGGGCCUGGUCUCUUAUCAAUGGCAAACAGUGGCCCGAAUUCAAAUGGUUGUCAGUUCUUCAUCACUUGUGCUAAGUGUGACUGGCUUGACAAUAAGCAUGUUGUCUUCGGGAGAGUGCUCGGAGAUGGACUCUUGGUCGCAAGGAAGAUUGAGAAUGUGGCCACCGGCCCCAACAAUCGACCCAAACUAGCUUGUGUUAUUGCCGAAUGUGGUGAGAUGUAGAACAACCCCUAAUGACAAACAAAAGAACCAUUUUCCACCAUUUGGGAUGAUCAACAUUCAGUAAGCUUAGUAAAAAGGCAUAUAUGUUGCCGGCUUAUCUAUCGAUCAGUGGCACAACCAUAGUCUGCCAUUUAAUGUAUGAUUGAAGAAACCAAAAGCAGGUUAUGCAUUUUUUUUAUGCAUGGA